CCGGAAAAUAGAGCACAACUCUACAGCAGCAUCACCGCUAACAAAGUGAACAAGACAAUCAUCGAGUGCUGAAAUAGUACAAAACGAAGAAGAUGCCGUCUCUUACCAAAGGUCGCGGUCAUCACUCGGUGAUGUUACGGGAUUUCGCUUCCGAAGAUCCGGAUGAGACCGCCACGUCGCUGUUAAUGCAUAAAAGAGGAUCGCUGCUGUCUGAUUCUUAAGGCUUAAAUUCAAUUCUGUGCAUCUUAGUUUUUUAUCUUGUUUGAUGAUGAAGAUUUUGCUGCUAUUGGUAUCGACUCAAGAGCCAUUGGUUGUAUCCUCCUUCUUGUUUUUGAGAGGCAGUACUUCUUUGCUAUCUAGGCAUCACUUAGACUCACUUUUAGAGGAGGGAACAAGCAAUUUUGCAGUGCUUUUUCAAAUGGGGUCAAUCUUUUUAGUUCCUAAACAAGGUCUAAGACUUAGACGAUGAAAGACAGCCCAUGCAGGGACCUGGACACUACGAUCGUAAGAGCAGCAGCGCCAUGCCAUUUGAUGGAGACUUGAUGAUUAUGCUGAAGCUGUUUGAUGACUACUUUUUCACUUAUACACUUUCACCCAUAUGAAUUUUUUGUUUUUCAAUACAGAUUGCUAAUAAUUAGGUGCUGAGAUAAAGUAAGUAAAAGUAGUGUCCAUGAUUCAUUGUUGCAUUGCCUAUCCUAUCCUAUCCCAUCCCAUCCUAUCCCAUCCCAUCCUAUCCUAUCUUAUCCUAUCUUAUCCUAUCUUAUCCUAUCUUAUCCUAUCUUAUCCUAUCUUAUCCUAUCUUAUCCUAUCUUAUCCUAUCUUAUCCUAUCUUAUCCUAUCUUAUCCUAUCUUAUCCUAUCUUAUCCUAUCUUAUCCUAUCUUAUCCUAUCUUAUCCUAUCUUAUCCUAUCUUAUCCUAUCUUAUCCUAUCUUAUCCUAUCUUAUCCUAUCUUAUCCUAUCUUAUCCUAUCUUAUCCUAUCUUAUCCUAUCUUAUCCUAUCUUAUCCUAUCUUAUCCUAUCUUAUCCUAUCUUAUCCUAUCUUAUCCUAUCUUAUCCUAUCUUAUCCUAUCUUAUCCUAUCUUAUCCUAUCUUAUCCUAUCUUAUCCUAUCUUAUCCUAUCUUAUCCUAUCUUAUCCUAUCUUAUCCUAUCUUAUCCUAUCUUAUCCUAUCUUAUCCUAUCUUAUCCUAUCUUAUCCUAUCUUAUCCUAUCUUAUCCUAUCUUAUCCUAUCUUAUCCUAUCUUAUCCUAUCUUAUCCUAUCUUAUCCUAUCUUAUCCUAUCUUAUCCUAUCUUAUCCUAUCUUAUCCUAUCUUAUCCUAUAUUAUCCUAUCUUAUCCAUGUUUACUCCAUGUUUACUUAGUUCUGUAUCUUAAUCUUUCCUCUCCUUUUCAUACAAAACCGCAGUUUGCCGCUUUGGGCUAUGAGCCAUCUGAUCCGAAAGUUGACGAGAAUCUUUGGCGCACGUGGUGGCGAAGGAGCAUUCGUUUUGCUGUUGCUCUCGUCCGCUUGCGUUUUAACCGGGGUUAUUACAUUAUGAGAUGAAGGAUUUGCUUUUGGUUGUGGAUCUUUGAUUACGUUUUCCAAGAAACAACACUCACGCCUAUGUAUGAAAAUGUUCCGGCAGCACUAGUACUUAGUCGUGCUUCAUGCUUGUUAAAACGUUAUUGAUGACGUUGAGUUGGCCGCAUAACUCUAAUGACCGCUCUCGGUGCUAUCUUCCAUGUGGAACCGGUGCACAGGUCUCACGGCAACCUGCGUGGUAGCUCUAGAAGCUACAAUACGUUUUUGCAGACGCUGGAAGGGGACAAAGGGGAACAAGGUACAGUGGAGGUGGUGGAGAGCGACGUGGGAGAAGACACGAAUGGACUUGAUAUGGCUUACAGUUUUGCGGAGAAAGAAAGCUGAAAUAAUAAGUAUACAGUCCAUAUUUUUUUUUUUUUCAGCACAGAUUUAUUGCUCUCUUCACAAAAGAAGGGUAAGUAUGCCUACGAGAUUUUUUUCUUGGAAAUAGAUCGCUCGUCGUCUAAUAUAUGUGAAGAAUCAGCAAAACAUUCCGAUGGUGUUGGUGGACUGCCGACAGCGUUUGAGGGGGAUUGGCCGAGGGGGCUUGAAAGGAGAUCUCCUG